GACUUCUUCGGCUGUUCCUCCACCUACAGUACAGAGAGGGGCUAACCCCUUUGCAUUCAAUAAACAAAACUUCUGAGAGAUGGCAAUUAAAGCAACGAAGGCUGAGAAGCAGGUUGGUAUUAUCAUGGAGCAGAUCUGGAAGUUUGUGGCAAAAGAGAUUAAGGUGGCCAUAGCACUGAUACAUGAAACGACUGAGAAUUCUUAUGACGUUAUCUAGACGAGACUUGAUGGGUUUGAGAUGAGAUUGUCUGCAAUAGAGUGGGCAGGACCCGAAGGUGAUAUAGGACCACUUCAGGAUGAGCUUGCUAGGUUGAAAUCUGAGGUGCAGGCACUGAAAGCACAAGAUGAGGUUGUAUUGGAAGAUCCUGUUUUGAUGACCCAGGUUAAUUUUGACGAUCUCAUUCAGGUCAAGAAUUUAAUAGAGGAGGAUGACUCCACAAUACAGAAUAAGGGCAAAAGAAAGUGGGAUGACAUGGAUACAUCGGGUGAGGAUCCGGAGGAGGUGACUCAGAGGUUGGGCUUAAUGGAGGAUGAGAGUUUGCAGGUGCCUGUGUAUAACUCUCUGCUUGAUAGUUACCCUGAUCCGGCUAGUGCCUCAUCUAGUCGCCCACCAGUGGAGUCGAUGCUGCCUAGCCAGCCCAGCAUGCCGGUUGAGCCCAUUGUUCAUCAUGAUGCUAAGACAGUUACUACUGAGGCUGAUGCUACAAAUUUGACUGUAGAGGCUACACAGUCUCGAGAUAAUCAGAGCGCCUAGUGCGCCUCAGGUAAUCGGAGGUUUGAAUGACAAAAACAAGGGAAUUGCAUAAACUGGCACAAAAAGGUGGAGAAGUACGAACCGUACUUAUUUGUAUGGGUCGUACUCUUGGUAGUACUUAGAAGUGGCAAAAAACAUAAUCAAAAAAUUUGAAGAUGAGAUAUACGGCCGAUUUUUACGGACCGUAUCUAUUUAUAGGGACCGUAAAUUGGCACGUACUUUGAAGAAUAGAACAAGUGAAGGAAGACAGUUACGGACCGUACUGCUAAAUACGGUCCGUAUAAGUUGAUCGUACAUCUUGACCUAGAGAAGGAGUUCAGUGACCCUAUUUUGAUAUAUGGUCUGUACUUAAUUGUAUAGGCCGUAUCUUAUGUCGUCAGGGGAAAUUUUGUCAGUUUGUAAUGCUUCGUUUUUAGACCUUAUAAAUAGUUUGUCUUAGGGUAUUUUAUGUACCAUUCAUUGUCAGACUUUGUCUUUUGACUUGAGAGCAUUGAAUAGUUUAU